GACAUGGUGGCACAUUAGAUCCAUUAGCAACAGGUGUAUUGGUAAUUGGUGUAAAUGACGGGUGUAAAGAACUACACAAAUAUAUCGGCUGUAAUAAGGUUUAUUUAGCAACCGGAUUGUUUGGUUUCGCGACAGAUAGUUAUGAUUCCUAUGGAAAGCUCUUAAAGACUGCACCAGUUAAGCACAUCACCAAAGAGAUGCUAACAUUUACGUUACAAAAAUUUACAGGAGAUAUUUCACAAAAGCCGCCUCUGUAUUCUGCUUUGCGUAUGGAAGGUCGACGCCUUUAUGAUUACGCGCGUAAAGGAAUUGCUCUUCCGAAAAGCAUCGAACCUCGCGCAAUCAAAAUUCAUUCAUUGUCAUUAUUAGAUUUUACUGUUAAUCAUGAUUAUAAGCCUCCUACAACAACUACAAUACUUAAAACAAGAACAUCAGAAAAUAAUGAUGUAAUGAAUGCGAGUGAUCCAAGUAAUGCAAUUAAUGAAGAUUCAAUUAUAGAAAGUUUGCUAAUGGAUAAUCCAAUUUUUAAAAUUCAUGUCGAAUGUGGAAAAGGAACAUAUAUUCGAUCAUUAAUACAUGAUAUUGGAAUAGAGCUUAAUAGUGCAGCCCAUGUUGUAGAAUUGAUAAGAUUACAACAGGGAGAUAUAUGCUUACAUAGAGAUACAAUAGAAUUAGAUGAACGUACUGAUUUAAAUACCAUUUUUAACGCCAUGGAAAAAAUCCAAUCAAAACACAGUUAUUCGUCACAGCUUCAAUGUAAUAAAGUGACUGAUAUAAGUGCUUCAUAA